AAAAAGACGCCAGGUUCUUGAAGAGUUGGACCAGCGGACCUGAAUACUUAGGAAUGAAGGUUGACGAUGGAACUUCAGGUCUUAACAACCAUGCGAGUUGGUAUAAAAGUGGAAAUGGGGAAAAUAUAAAUUCACGUUUCGACUUUAGGAAAUAUAUUUGACGUACAAUGAAAUUAAGAACUGAAAGAACCUGGAACCCAAAGGUUUCGAGGAGGGUAGCAGUGAAGGAUAUUGCUCAAGUGGUGUGUGGAAAGGCCGGCAGAAUGCAUAGCCCUCAUGUAGAAGAGCAUGGAAAGGUACAGGGGCGUAGCCAGGACACUGGGCUAGACUGGGCCGGUACAAAGAAUAUUAUUAGAAAAAAAUUUACACGAAAUUUUUUACACUAAAAAAAUUGACAUUUUUUCAAAUUUGGGGUGGGCCAGGGCCUAGCCUGGGCACCCCCUAGCUCCGCCCCUGGAAAGGUAAAUCUGGGUAUAGGGGGGGGGACCCACCCCAUGCAGCAAUCCGUCCAUCCUAGCGUCCAUCGAUUGGGCCAGGUACUUCAUCACAGCUGCACACGGGCAGAACGUGGACACGCCUGGGUACACCACUUUCGCCGGCCUGAACCCCGAGGCUGGCCCAAAUAUCGCAGCCUCCUCGUCAAAUUCUGAGUCGUCACGGCGGCGGAUGGCCGGGGUCAGCCGGGGCCUUGCUUCGAAGCGGCCAAGGCGGUGGCUGUUUGCCUCCUCAUCACACAUUGGUGGAUCCACUUCUCAAACUCACGACACAAAAGCAGUCAAUUAUCCUAACAAACAAACAGACCGGCCAGUCUUUUGAAUACUCCCUGAGCCCGAAAUUGGACUGUCCAAAAUCAUAAAUGGGUUCUCAUAACUCCAUGAGGGUAGCUCGGCCCGUUGGACGGUUAGCUUACACAAGACCGUAGAGUUAAAUGUUGGGCUAUUCUAAUACAGCUACCAAUUUGCUAAAUGACAGAAAUUUUAAGGAGCAUGUGACAGGCUCCUUAUUGAGCAAACAGUUCAAAUUAUAAAGAAAACAAAGCUACAACAUUACAGCUUACAUAAUACAAUGACACUUUGACAAGUAUUUGUAAUAUAUCUAUAGAUAAUACAUUUGAAAGAUACAAUUAGGGAAAGUUUUGCCAUGUGUCAUCUUCUAAGCAAACUUUCAUUAUAAUAUUUUAGAUUUUCUUUCCAUUUUAGUAAAUAAAUUAUACUUCCGUUAAUUAGUAUUAAAGGUAGGUUACACUUCAUCACGUCCUAAAGUUGGGUAAGUUAAAAAUUAAACCUCAAUUUUAUUUUAAAGUGCUAUAACUUUUUUAUUUGUACUUUGAUGGUUACAAAAAAUAUACCAUAUUUUAUAACUUUUUAUUAUCUUUCAUAUGAGACCAAUAUUGAAUAUAUAAAAAUAAAAAAAUAAUUUAACUGUUUUUUAUAUCUAUUUUGAAAAAUAAUUCAACACUUUAAGAAAUAUAUCUAUUUAGAACUCCUAACCCUUAUUCGUAGAUUACAAUUAGAAUUCCUAAUUCUCAAAAACUUAUUUGUAGAUUACAAUUUAAUUACAAUUAGGAUUCCUUUUUUUUGCUCGAUUCAAUUAGGAUUCCUAGAAAUUAGGAAUCCACGUUUGAUUACAAUUUAACAAAAUUAGAAUUCCUUGAAAGUCACAAUUGAUGUAAAAGCUUUCUAAAAUGUCAACAACUACGUAUUAUUUAUAGAUAAAGAAAAAAUUUAUUAAUUAAAUAAAGAAAAACGUAUGAAAAUAGUUAAAAUAAUCCUUUACAAUAACUUCAACUACUAGAAAAAUUUGACUAAUAAGUUUGAUAAGUCAAAAAAUAGAGUCAUCAAACAGGCUCAAUUGCAAUCGGGAAGGCUUCUCCAAAACUUUCCAAUUGCACUCAAAGUGCACUUUCUAAAAAACAUGUUCUUAAAAAACUGCAACGGUCAAUUUUUCACAUUUGAAGAGCGUAAUAAAGUAAGAGGGUAUAAGGGUAACUUUAAAAAAAAUGUAUAAAAAAUUGAAGAAAAUGCUUAAAAAAUUUCAUCAAAAAUUCCACCGGGAACCGUCCUUAAUGGCGACGGCCUCCUAUAUAAGGGGUGAUUUGCAAAUUUUAAGUUAGUUCGAAGACCUAUUUGACUCUUUAGCCUUAAAAAUAAAAUAUCUACAACAUCACAGUUAUCAUCAAGGACCCCCCAUCAUAUUAUAUAAUCAUCACAAUUAUUUUGUAAAAUAUAGUCAAAUUAUCAUAUUUAAUUAUUGUGUAAGUAAUCAUGACAUAAGUAGUAUGUAAUUAAUAAAACUUUUUGAGAGCUGAAAUCCUCGGCCAAAAUAUAUCAAAAUUAUAUUAAUAUAUACACAAAUAAAAAAUAACUUUUACUUUCAUAAAUGAGAUAAAAUUCGAUUCCAAUUGUAAUUAUCCUUAAUUAGAAAGGUGAACAUAAUAUUGAUAUAUUAUUCAGGAAAAUGCGUAUGUACCCAAUUUUAACACAUGCAGUCUUGCUAUUUUAAUCCUUUCACUUUCAUUUAAUGAUGUUUCAUCUUUUUCCCCAUUUUAGGAAUCUAUCCUUUGAAAUGCGAGAGAUAAUAUUUUGAGCAUUCUUUGUAAUGCAUAUAUGGUGGGAUAUUAUGAUUAAUAAAAAGCUAUUAUAAAUUAACUUAAGUUACAAAUGUAAACUAAGUAUCGUUUUGAAAAUCUUAUUUUUAAUGAAGAUAAAAAAAAUCUUAUUUUAAAUUUUUUUUUUCAAUUUAAAAAUGUAUGAAUAUCAAUAAUUUUAUUUUGAAUGUCAACUUUUUAGAUAUUUAAUAAGAAAGAUGCAUAUAUCUAUGGAUUAAAAUAUGUCAUUAUAUUCUAUAUUUCUAAUUAAGAUAAUUGAGUAAGUAUGAAUAAUGUCUAUAUAAUUGAUAUGUUACUCACAUAUAGUAUGAUCCAUAUGAUGAUUUAUGAAAAUUUGAGUUUCAAGUAUAGUGAUAUUAUUAAAGUUUUAUGGGUGCAGUUUAAAUAUCGAAAAAUCAAUACCACAGGUUAUGCGAUUCUAUUUUAGGUCAAUAAUCUUAUUAAGAAGUUGGCCGCUUGGAACUAUUAAACACAUCUUACCUUUAUUUAGAAACAUUAACUUAUAGAGUUAAAUGAAUUCAUUGCAUAAAUUCAUAUUCAUAUUCAUGAUUUUAAAAAAUAGUUUUUUAAAGUAUUCAUGAGUAAAUUUUUUUAUGUCACCAAAAUAAUUGAGAUGAUGACACAUAAUUUGGUACUAACAUUGGAAUUGGUUGGAUCGGUUCAUUCUGCUGAAAUUUAUGAUGUUCUAACUGAACUUUGGAUUGACUGAUUCUACUGAUUUAUGACAAAAAAAUAAUUUUUUAUUAUUAAUAAAUAAAGAAAAAAAUACUCCGUAUGAAAAUAGCUAAAAUGAUCCUUUACAAUAAUUUCAAUUAAUACAAAUACAAAAGUAAUUUUAACCCUACUUUGAUGAAAAAGUUAACUAAUAAGUUUGAUAAGUCAGAAAACAGAGUCAUCACACGAGCUCAAUCGCAAUUGGGAAGGCUUUUCCAAUCCAAAACUUUCCAAUUUCACUCAAAGCGCACUUUGUAAAAAAAUCAUGUUCUUAAAAAGGUGCAACGGUCAUUUUUUCACAUUUGAAGUGCGUAAUAAAGUAAAUAUAGUAUAAGGAUAACUUUAUAUUAAAAAUGUAUAAAAAAUGUACCAAACUUUGAGAGAUUGCUAAGUAGUAUUUGGGGACUAAGGUAGUGCAUAAUUUUAAUUAUAAGUGCACAUUCUCAAACUUUUUGAGUGUCAAGAAACUUAAAAGAAUUCCAGAAACAAUAAUGAUAUCAAUUAGAAUCUAUGAACCACCAAUCAACAUUUUUAGAGAUACAACAACAACAUCUCAGUCUUAGUCCCAAAAACCUCAGAUUUUGAUUACCGGGUCUUCUUUCUCAUUUGUUCGCUCUAUUAUUGAUACCUUAUCUCAGCAAUUUGCUAUGAAGGAUUUGGGGGAUAUUCAUUAUUUUCUGGGUAUUCAGGCUCGUCGUAAUUCUCAGGGGUUAUUUAUUUCUCAGGAAAAAUACAUUACUGACUUAUUACGACGUUUUCAUUUACAUACUGUUAAGCCUGUACGCACACCCCUACCUUCUCGUACUACACUUUCUCUUACAGAUGGGGAGCUUUUAUCUGAUGCUACUGAGUAUCGCAGCAUGGUAGGUGCUCUUCAGUAUUUGACUCUCACUAGACCUGAUAUUACUUAUGCUGUUCACAUGGUCUCUCAGUUUAUGCAUGCUCCCCGCACCUCACAUUUAUUAGCUGUGAAGAGAAUUUACAGGUAUUUACAGGGCACUUCCAAGCAUGGUUUAUGGCUGCGGUCCGACAAAAAUAUCUCUGUUAUUGUGGCUUAUUCAGAUGCUGAUUGGGCAGGAUGCCCUGACAGCUCUCGUUCCACCACAGGUUAUGCUAUUUUCCUAGGCACGAAUCUUAUUUCGUGGCGAUCCAAGAAGCAACCGACGGUUUCAAAAUCUUCCACUGAAGCUGAAUACAGGGCCAUAGCUUACACUGUUCAGGAUACCUUAUUUAUUCGGUCUCUUCUUGUGGAUAUGGGGAUCUUAAUUUCGGCUCCUGUUCAAUUGCAUUGUGACAAUGUCUCUGCCUCCUACCUAGCUGUCAACCCCAUUCAACAUGACCGCAGCAAACACAUAAAGAUUGACUACC